CUGCGCUGGCUUGAUCCGAGAGCAGACAAACUUGCGUAGUCUUACCACGGGCUUCGGUGUCUGUCUGCCUCUCUCUCUCUAUGGACGGCCAGAGGCGAGAAGAGGAAACGGGAAUUGUUGUUGUCCGGACCGCAGCGCCUUAUGAGAGCCCGGCGAUGAUUUAAUCACGGAAAACCUGAGUGUGGGUGGGAAAAAAAAGAAGGAGAAAAGACGCGAGGAGAGAGGAGCAGCCAGCCGUUGGAGAUGUGCGGUCGGGCCGAGAUUGCGGCGGUAUCCCUGUCUAAGCCUGUACUGAGCAGAUUGUUCUGAGAGGAAACGGAUAACAAACAGGGGAAGUGAACAUGGCUGGGACCUCUGGCUUCUUUUCCAAUGGACCUGUGCCGUGGAUGGACAACGCCACAGAGAUGAACAACCUGUACCGAGACCUGGAGCUGGGGACAGUACUGACACUAUUUUAUUCUAAGAAGUCCCAGCGGCCAGAGAGAAGGACAUUUCAAGUAAAGCUGGAGACCAGGACUAUUAUCUGGACUCGGGGCACGGAUAAAAUAGAGGGCGAGAUUGAUAUUCGAGAAAUCAAGGAGAUCCGUUCUGGACAGAAAUCUCGGGACUUUGAUCGCUAUGUGGAGGACUCUGCAGCACGGCUCGAUCAGGCCCACUGCUUUGUUAUUCUGUACGGCACAGAGUUUCGCCUUAAAUCACUCAGCCUGGCAGCAACAUCUGAUGAAGAGAUGACCAUGUGGGUGCAAGGGUUAACCUCGCUUGUGACUGACACAUUGAAGUCUCCAACACCUCUUCAGAUCGAGCGGUGGUUACGUAAGCAGUUCUACGCAGUCGAUCGCAACAGAGAAGACAGGAUAUCCUGUAAGGAUCUGAAGAGCAUGCUGAGCCAGGUCAACUACAGGGUGCCCAACAUGAGGUUCCUCCGAGAGAAACUUCCGGACUCGGAGAUGAGGAAUGGAGACGUGUCCUUCAGCCAGUUUGCGCAGCUUUAUCGUAGUCUCAUGUUUGAUGCCCAGAAAAACAUGGAAAUCCCAUUUCUUCAAAGGUUCAUUGAUAGACCAGAACAGAGGAUUUCCCUGGAGGACUUCAAGAGCUUCCUCUUGGAGUCUCAAAAGGAGAUGUGGGCCACAGAUAACAACAAAGUGCAAGAGUUUAUGUUCGGCUACCUGAAAGACCCCCUGAGGGAAGUGGAGCAGCCUUAUUUCCAGCAAGACGAGUUCCUCACAUACCUGUUCUCCAAAGAGAACACCAUCUGGGAUUCCUCCCUGGACCAAGUGUGUCCUGAGAAUAUGAACAACCCCCUGUCUCACUACUGGAUCUCCUCUUCGCACAACACCUACCUGACAGGAGACCAGUUUUCCAGUGAAUCGUCCUUGGAGGCAUACGCACGCUGUCUGAGGAUGGGCUGUCGCUGUAUUGAAUUGGACUGCUGGGAUGGCCCUGAGGGAAUGCCAGUCAUCUACCAUGGGCACACCCUUACAACCAAAAUCAAGUUUUCUGAUGUCUUGACCACCAUCAAAGAGCACGCCUUUGUCACAUCUGAAUAUCCCAUCAUCCUGUCCAUAGAGGACCACUGUAGUAUUGUGCAGCAGAGGAAUAUGGCCACUCACUUUAAGAAGGUGUUUGGAGACAUGCUUCUAACCAAGGCAGUGGAUAUCGCAGCAGAUGGGCUGCCCUCACCCAAUCAGCUCAAGAGGAAGAUCCUCAUCAAGCAUAAGAAGCUCGCAGAAGGCAGUGCCUAUGAGGAGGUGUCCACCACCACUCCCUACUCAGAGAAUGAUAUCAGCAACUCCAUUAAAAAUGGCAUCCUGUACCUGGAAGAUCCCAUUAACCAUGAGUGGUACCCUCAUUUUUUUGUUCUGACCAGCAGUAAGAUCUACUACUCAGAAGAGACCUCCAGUAACCCGGGAAACGAUGAUGAGGAGGAGCACAGAGAGGUGUCCUAUGGUAUGGAUCAACAUGUGACAGAGAAAUGGUUUCAUGGAAAGCUUGGUGCUGGGCGGGAUGGACGGCAGAUAGCCGAGAGGCUGCUGUCUGAGUACUGCCUGGAGACUGGAGCUCCUGAUGGCUCCUUCCUAGUUCGGGAGAGCGAGACUUUUGUCGGAGACUACACCUUGUCUUUCUGGCGCUCGGGGCGGGUGCAGCACUGUCGCAUCCACUCUCGUCAGGAGGCAGGCAGCCCAAAGUUCUACCUGACUGACAACCUGGUAUUUGACACGCUCUUUGCUCUGAUUACCCACUACCAGCAGGUGGCGCUGCGCUGUAACGAAUUUGAGAUGAAGCUGACUGAGCCGGUACCUCAGACCAAUGCUCACGAGAGCAAAGAGUGGUACCACGCCAACCUCUCCAGGAGCCAUGCAGAGAACAUGUUGAUGAGGGUUCCUCGCGAUGGGGCUUUUCUAGUCAGGAAAAGGGCAGAGCCCAACUCCUUUGCCAUUUCAUUCAGAGCCGAGGGUAAAAUAAAGCACUGUCGUGUGCAGCAGGAGGGUCAGACCGUGGUGCUGGGCACCUCAGAGUUUGACAGCCUUGUAGAUCUUAUUAGCUACUAUGAGAAGCACCCUUUGUACCGUAAAAUGAAACUACGCUAUCCCAUCAACGAGGACACACUGGAGAAGAUAGGCACUGCUGAGCCAGACUACGGGUCACUGUAUGAGGGAAGGAAUCCAGGCUUUUAUGUGGAGGCUAAUCAAAUGCCAACAUUUAAGUGCACGGUGCGAGCCAUGUAUGAGUAUAAAGCCCAGAGAGACGAUGAGCUUUCCUUCACUAAGAAUGCUAUCAUCUCUAAUGUGGAAAAACAGGAAGGGGGAUGGUGGAAGGGUGACUGUGGAGGAAAGAAGCAGAUGUGGUUUCCGGCAAACUACGUGGAGGAGAUCAGUCCGUCAGCAGCCGAGCCUGAUAGAACUGAGAUGACAGAAAACAGUCCUCUUGGAGAUAUGCUGAGAGGAAGUCUUGAUGUGUCUGCCUGUCAGAUUAAUGUUCGUACCGAAGGGAAAGGCAGCAGGCCUUAUGUUUUCACCCUGACACAGAAUACCCCUGUGCGGAUAGGCAUACCGCUCGACAUCGCUGCAAACACGCAAGAAGAGCUCAAGGAAUGGGUGUUCAAGAUCCGUGAGGUCACCUUGACCUCAGAGGCCAAGAUAGAAGAGGGGAAGAUGAUGGAAAGGAGGAAGAAGAUUGCACUGGAAUUAUCUGACCUUGUCAUCUACUGUAGGCCUGUGCCAUUUGAUGAAGAAAAGAUUGGCACAGAGCGAGCCUGUUUCCGGGACAUGUCAUCCUUCCCUGAAACCAAGGCAGAGAAAUACGUCAACAAAAUCAAGGGGAAGAAGUUCCUGCAGUACAAUCGGCUGCAGCUGUCCAGGAUCUACCCCAGAGGCCAGAGAUUGGACUCUUCUAACUAUGACCCGCUCCCCAUGUGGCUCUGCGGAUCUCAGCUGGUAGCACUUAACUUCCAGACAGGAGACAAGCCCAUGCAGAUGAACCAGGCCCUGUUCAUGCUGAACGGAAGAAGUGGCUACGUCCUUCAGCCGCCCAUCAUGAGGGACGACAACUUUGAUCCCUUUGACAGACAAACACUACGGGGUGUGGAGCAAGUCAGUCUAGAGAUUGAGGUCUUGGGCUCCCGGCAUCUGCCCAAGCAUGGACGUGGCAUCGUUUGCCCUCUGAUUGAGAUCGAGGUGUGCGGAGCGGAGUACGACAGCGCCAAGCAAAAAACAGACUCUGAAGCUGAUAAUGGUCUCAAUCCCACUUGGCCGAGAAAGACAUUCCAGUUCACCGUGUGCAACUCUGCUUUUGCCUUUCUGCGUUUUGUGGUGUAUGAGAUCGACAUGUUCAACGACCAAAACUUCCUGGCUCAGGCUACGUUCCCCAUUCAUGGGCUAAAGACAGGUUACCGGUCAGUACCUCUGACGAACAGCUACAACGAGGACCUGGAGUUAGCUUCUCUGUUAGUCCACAUGGACAUAACCAGAGGAAGGGAUGAAAACGGUGAGGUUCUCAGCCCAUUCGCUGCAGUCGGGGCCUCAUCAGUGUCGGCAACAGCUCAGUCAGUGCGGGAGCGUUUUGGGGAGCUGAGCUCAGUCUCCUCAACGUCGUCCAGCAUGUCUCCUUUGCCUCAGUCUCCAGCCCAGGCCAUGGCCUACAGAGGGAGGGAAGGCUCUUUUGAAUCCCGCUACCAGUCCCCCAUAGAUGACUUCAGGGUGUCCCAGGAGACACUGCUGGACAUGGACGCGCAAAACAGAAGGAUCCCGCGGAGGACCAGAGUGGAGAACCGUGUCUAAGUCCAAGCCAAUCAGGACGCAUUUCUGUUGCAACCCCCCCUUCCUCCUCCCCAUCCCCACCACCCAGUCGCCUCUCCCCCGUACCGAUGAUGUCACUGACUGCUGUGAACAGUUUCCAUGGAAACGCCCACCACCGCUUUGGCCUACAUUUCAGGCAGCUCUCUCUCCCUCCAUUCGCCCACCCCCCCCCCCCUCUCUCCCACACUGUCUUUCUGUCUCUGCCCCUCCCUGCCUGCUGCCCAGCCUCUCUUCACCACUUGCCAGACGAGAAGGUGAAGGGAGCAUACUCGGACAUUAGAGGGGCGAGGGGGGGUCACUAAGAGGAAGCUGACCGCUGUGGGCAAGAAGAAGAAACGACAUUCACAGUAGAACAAAAAGCAAGACUGAAAAAGUUCCAGCUCUGGCCUGACUGUUUGUAAUCUCUCGUGUUUUCAGUGUGCACAGCUGCUUAGUUUGAAGGCUAAGAUGAAGAAAGGGGACAGUUAUAGAAGGUAUCAGUUUGAAACUGUUUCCAGUUAAGUUUCUUUGCUCUUCUCUAUUUGGCGAAUAUGAAUAUAUAUAUAUAUGUAUAUGUAUAUAUACACAUAUAUAUUUAUUCCUGCUGUGCUGUUGGCCAGAGAACAGCACCAGCUCACCUGCUCUCAAAGAGCUCCUGUCUCUAUGUUUUUAAUUAUUAUGAUUAUUUAAACCUUUAAACAUUCAUAAUGUGAUUUCUUUUUUUAUGUACAUGUGUAAAACAUGAGGGCUCUCACUGCUUUAAAAAAAAAUUCUCUUCUUUUGUUUUGGGGGGGUUUUUCGGGGUUUUUUUGCAGAGGAAAUGGUGUGCCUCCAGCAUAUCUCCUACCCUAAACUUGGAGUGAUAUUAAAUUUUUAUUUUAUGUUUUUUUUUUUUUUUCCUGUUUGUGUUUGGAGCAGUGAGAGAGCAGAUCAUAUGUUAUGCCUGCACAUAUACACACUUAUUUCUAACCUACAUUCCAGGAAAAACAAAAAGUGCACAUCAUUCCGUGUUUGCUGCGUUUCACACGCAUUUACAAGCCAGUGUGACACAUUGAGACAUGUCCUGGGAAUCCAACACCUCACUGUGUGAUGAAGCAGGACCAGGGAUAAACGUUAAGCCAAAAAAAAAAGGUCUUAUUGUGAGAAAUGUGCUUUUUAUUUUUUUUUUCCUUCCACUUCUUACUUGUACUACCAAUGUGUUACAGGCCAUAUUUACAGAUGUCCUGUCACUCAGAGGGACGAGUCACAGGGCUGUGGGUUACAGCCAAAACAUUAUCCUGUUCACUCCCCUCAGCAGUGGUUAUUAUUUACAGUCGCAGUCAGACUUCAUAUGAGGGACAUGAAUGUGUGCCUCAAACUACUAUAAAAAUAAUCUAAUUAGAUUAAUUUACAGGGAACACUGUAAAUGUUUUAAAUUUGUCAGUGCGCCAUGAUUACUGUAAUUAUGAUGAUUGUAAUAGUUACCCUUUUAACUAUGCAGCCCUUUGUUGCCAGGAUUUAUGAAGCAGUGGAUACUCCUUUGAACUCAGAUUUCACGUCGUAAAACUAUGUCUGGCCACUUUAUUCUGAGCAUUUUAAUUUGUUCACAUUAUCUCUUGGCGUAAUGGCCACAGAUCGGGGACAGUUCAUAUUAAAGAAAGUGUGUUUUGAUUACAACAAAUAUGUAUUCAAAUGGUUCUAAGAAAGUGUUUUACUGUAACCAAACAGUUUUAGAUAUUCUUUGUUUCUUGUUUUGUUUUGUUUUUUAGUUAAAAAGGAAAUCUGUAUUGACCAGCAGUGGUUGAGUGAGAAGGGUUGAGUUGCCAGUGUUGGGAAUAAAGUAAUCGUGCCAUCUGGUACCCAUCACUGGGCCACAGCGACAUAAAGGACCGUUCGUGUUUGUGCUGUUGUGGUAUUUUUGGGCAGCUUUGUCAUAGCUACAUGCUGCUUCCCAGAAUCCAGUGAGGAUUACACUGCCUAAGAGGUAAUUAAAUUGCCACUGCCCUUGGUUUUAUUUGUAAUGAAAUGUGCAAACAAAACAAGAGGGAAAGAAAUGGAGGCUUUGUGCAAAACACUGACUGAUGGAUCGAAGCGAAUGCAGAUGCUACAUUUCAUUAUUGUGAACGUUUGUCCAGCUGGUGGAUCAGGACCUCCCUUGUGCAUUAAGUUCAGGGAGAUGUUCUUUCCUGUGAUUCUGGGGUAAGAGCAAGAUUGACAUGAACAGGCAGAGUUAAAGCUUGAAUUUUUCUUUGUUUUUUUCUGUAGCUUAGUCAUGGAUGACAAAGGUAAUCUGCGCCUUCAUUGAACCCAGAAGGAGCACUUAUGGUGUUAUCUUUCUAGGUUUGUACUCGAAACAGUGUUUUCUUUGCUUGUACGUGGUGACUAUAUGAUGUAAGCUCAAUAUUCUUGCUCAGUGUUCAGUCACUGGGGCACACCUAAGCCAUAUGCUAUGAUUAGAGGUAAAGGCAGGGUCAGGAGUGAAUACUUGAGGUCUCAAAGAAAAAGACAAAUGUUGCAUUUGCACCCCCAUACUAAUCCCAAAGCUCCUCCGUGUAACAUUUAUUUCUCCGAUGGAUAAGAGCUCACCCUCCAAUGCUGCAUUGCUCUCAUUGCUGAACUGUCUGCUAAUGUCUGCUAAUGUCUAUGUGCCUCGAUCUGUGUACACAUCACAUUGAAGCCACGUCUUUCACCUGCCCCGCUGGGCAUAAAUCACCUGCACAGCCAUGGUACACCCACACAGGUGCUGUCACUUUGCUUCUCUGCACCGUGUGAGCCUCUGCAGACCACGUUUGACUGACAUGCCCCCGACUGUACUGUUCACUUCUGUCGAGACAAAACGUACUCCCGCCAACCUGUAAUGAGCUCUAAUCUGCCAGAAUAACCGAGAACACCUGUGUGGGUGCACAGAGCCCUUAACUGUAAUUUGAGUUUUGCAUUUUUGUUUUUCUCCAGUCUUGUCUGUUUAGUUAGUGACAGCUCCAUUUACAACCGCCUUUCUGUAAUGUGCCUAAAUAUGGAGAGGAAGAGUAUUCAUCUUAAUUUUGCCUUUCAUAUGAAACAUAUUCAAGCCUGAAAAGUAAAUAAAAUACUUAUUACUUAUA